AUGGUUGAAAAGAACCUGCUCCUUGAGGCGGAUAAUGCCGGUUUUAAUCGAGACAAUGCCAAUUUUAUUACGAGGCUUGGUGAACUUGAGGCCACUAUUUCCCAACUUCGGAGUGAACUUGACUCGGUCAAAGCUGAUGCUGUGGAGAUGGCAGAAAGGCAUCACCAACUUGAAUCUGACUGUGCUAAUGACAAGGAGAAGCUGAGGGUGGCCGAGCAGAAAGCCAAGACUCGAGCUCGGAUUAGUGACGAGCUCAAGAGCAAGCUCGAGGAGGCUACAGAGGCCAAUGAUGUGCUUCAGGCUGAGUUUGAAUCGGCUAAUCAAAUUCGAAUAGCUCUUCUUAAAGAGAGAUCCGAACUAGAGGCUGAAUUGAAAAAAACUGAGGCCGACCUAGAAGAGUCUCUUAAAGACAUGGAGACUGUCGAGGCUCGUUCUACGAUUCUGAUCAAGUAUGAGUGGUGA